GUUUUGAUCUUGGGAACUUUUGACUGAAAGGCAAACACUCUACCUGUAGACCAAGCAAAGCCCUACCGUCAGAAGUUUUGAAAGACUUGAUAUAUGGGAGCACUUCACAGCACAGUUACUGGUGAAGAACAAGACUUUCGUCCUAGAAAUGAAUCUACAGUGGGUGCUAAUGGACAAUCGAAUACAAGGGGACACUAUGUCUUUCAGAUGCCUAAGCGUACCCAUGAGACCACCAGAAAAGAUUUUGAAUACCUCAUAGGUAAAUUGGAACACCUGCCAGCAUCCACGCAGAAACUGUUUUCCCUGGGGAAACUUUACCUCCGGGCAGGAUUGUGCCAAGAUGUCAGGGGUGAUGGGGAUCAGACUGUGAGGCCCGUAGAAGAACAGACUGUUCCAGGGAUCACACACACUUAUAGGCUUGGACUUGAAGCAGAAGGAGCAAGUGGAGAUGAAACUUCACAAAUAUCAACGCAAGUAGAGGAGAAUUCUUUGAGUCGUCAUGAGAGAUACUCAUCAGAUAGUACAAGGCCUAAUGAAUCAGACUUAGGACUCUUUACUCCCUUUGUGAUGUCGACACCACUGUAUCACAUGCAGACCUUCACUCGUUGGAAGGUAGCUUACUCCUUAAACAAUUUGUAUCCAUUUUGCUAUCGGAAGCGCAGAACAACCAUAUACAUUCAACCUUUGGAGGAUUUUCCAGACUUUUUCUCAAGUUAUCGUGUACAAGUUGGAAAACUCACCUUGGACUUUUUCCAGCUAUUGCAAAGCUUUGUUCAGAUUUAUUUCUCUGGGUUCGAAUCUCUUGUCCUCUCUCCUGUCUCCCUUUCCUCCAUGGAUGGGCAAGUACGCUCUCGUGAACAUGAAGUGACGUCUCAAAAACAGUACUGUGUGAACGACCUUCACCCUCUGAUGCAGCAACUUCUUCCUCCUGAUGGGCUCAGUGUCGUGGGAAUUUUGUGGACUGAUAUCUACCCUGAAGGUUACAACUUUGUGCUGGGUGAGGCCUCAGCAACACAUCGCUCAGCUGUGAUCAGCUUCGGCCGGUUCGAGACUAAAGGUUAUGAUCUUGCCACUCAUCAGGACAUCUCUGAAGUCAAUGGGGCUUUGCUGUGGAAACUGUUCAAGACUCUGUCUCAUGAGACGUGCCACUUACUGGGCUUGGACCACUGCCAGUUCUUCCACUGUGCCAUGAAUGAGAGUGGGUCAGUAAGUGAGGCCAUGGAACAGCCGCUGUUCUUGUGUCCCGUCUGUCUGCGGAAGCUGCAGCAGGCCAGCCAGUUUGACCUCUUGGAGCGCUACCAGCAGCUCCGACAAUUUCUCAGCGCAGUUUUUGCUCAGCAUGACGAUUCUGACAGACUCAGACUGUCCCUGGACUGGCUCAACUCUUGCAUUCACUACAUGACGUCGUUGUGAUAUUGAUAGAAUUAGUUUUAAUCAAUUCAACACACUACCUGAUUUAGUCCUGAGAGUUGUGUGCCCUAUAGUACCACAGCUGAGUAUUUUCCAUUUGAAUUAUGAUGCUGGUUUAUUUGUCUACUUUUCUACUUCAGUUCUGGACUUUGUUGCUUCGAAAUCUAUUUUGAGGUAUUAUUUGAUUUUGUAAAAUUGCUGUGGUGUCCUGGUGUUUCUUCUAUCUGUGGUGACUGUUGGAGUUUACAAGUUCAAACUUUUUACAGUUUAGAGAGUAUUUAUUCAUUCAUUUUGGAAUCCAAAUCCUUUUGCAUUGUUACCCCUCUUAGAUAGAGUGUGGUUUACAAGUUCUCCUCUUAAGGGUCAGACUCUUACUGUUGUGACCCUGAAUGUGCAGCAUUAUGCUUUGGAUGAUAUUGAUAUGCGGUAAUGGAGUAAAUGGUGCUUGUUUUCUGUUCCUAAUAUUUAUGGUUGUUUUUUACUACCUAAGAUUAGCUCAAGUUAUGAACAAGGUUGUAAUGAUUCUGUACUCAUUUGUUCACUUUUUUAAUGGUGCAUAUUUUUAAUCUUUCUAGUUUUAAUUAGUCAUAUUAAAAUGUUGCCUUGUG